GUUCCAACAAGUGUGUGUGUCUUACUUUCUGUCCGUCUGUCUGCAGAGAACCAGACCCAGCUACUGGUGGUGAAGGGUCUGGAGGAUGUGGAGGUGUGUGAGAGCGAGGGUUGCACCUUCGAGGUGACCCUCAACCUGUCCUACAUAGAUGGCACAUGGACCAAGGACGGGGUCAGGCUCAAGUCAAAGCCCACCUGUCGCAUCGCUUCCCAUCGGAAUAAACACACUCUCACCUUCACCCGGGUCACCGUUGGAGACACUGGCCUGUUCUCCUUCCAGACUGAUGGGGCCCAAAGCUGUAUUCAAACCUCAGGUCAACUCAUUGUCAUAGGUAACAGUAUGACAGGACACAACAGAGGAGUAAUGCAAAGUACAGGACCAAUUGCAUGACCCUCAGUCUAAUUAUUCUUUAAUAGCUUGGAAGUCUUGUUGUCAGUCUGUCUCUACAUUAGCCCAAUAUCUUCUCACUAACUUGGCAUCCUGGCUAAUGGCUUGGCCUAGAAGCAAUGUCAAAUUACAGAUAAAUCUCAGUACAGAUCAAAGAUAAAUCAGUAGAUAGUUAGAUCAAAUCCCAUACUGGAUCUCUAGGUAAUAUAUGUCUGUCUGCCUGUCUGUCUGUCUGUGUGCCUGUGGUUGUCUGCCAGCCAGAGACAUCCAGAUCAUGAAGGAGUUGGAUGACAAGGAAGUGAUUGAGAGGCAGAGUGUGACCUUCCUGUGUGAGGUCAACUAUGAGAACGUGGACGGGCGCUGGUACAGAGACAACACCAGGAUCAAACACGGAGACAACGUCAAGAUCAGACACGAGGGUGAGCAUGGGACACAACUGAGCCUAGUCAUGGACAUGUGUCUACAGGUCAGGAUACUACUGAUGAAACAUAUAUUUCUAUCUGAACACAGGUAAAACGCAUACCAUGUGCUUCAAGUCUGUAAGGCCAGCAAAUGCUGGGGAGAUCAAGUUCACUGCAGACAGGGUCUCCUCCUAUGCAAUUCUCACGGUGAAAGGUGAACAACAACUAUUUUGAGAUUCAACAACAUCAAUGCUCCUCAGUGACUCAAAAACCUUUGUCUGGAUUAGGGGCCUUCUCUGAUUAAUGUUCACUAAACAAUGGUUCAAUGUUACUGCUGUCUCCACAGAGCUGCCUGUGCAGAUAGUGAAGCCUCUGAGAGUGAAGAUUGCUAUGUACAAACACAAAGGCCUGCUGGAGUGCCAGGUGUCGCGGGCCAACGCCCAGGUCAGGUGGUUCAAGAACAGGCAUGAGAUCCAGCCCAGCCGGAAGCACCAGAUCGUCAGCGAUGACGUCUACAGGCAGCUCCACAUCGACGAAGUGGUCUCGUCUGAUGAGGACACCUACACCUGUGAUGCUCAUGAUGACAAGACGUCCUGUCAGCUGUUAGUGGAGGGUGAGCUGCUCACACUCAUUGUGAUUAGUUCUGACUUAUUAUUAACAGUUCCAAUGUUACUUAUAUUCCUGUAUUAAAUAUUAAUAAACAGUUUAUAAGCAGAUCUUCAUACAAAGUGUGUCCCCCCUCUUACUUACAAUCAAUUACUAACCAAAACACAUAAUUCAACCAAAUAUACUGUAUCCACACUGAAGUAAUCCAACUAUCUAUCUCACACCCUUCCUGGAGUGUACCCUUUCUCUCUGAAAUGGACUCUGCUUUCUCUGGAAGUGAAGAUACUGAUGGAGUGUGUGCCCCCUAUGUGUGCAGAGCAGGCUAUCAGCAUAUUGCGGGGGCUGAGGUCCCUGGAGGUGACGGAGCCCAGGGAGGCCCUGUUCCAGGUGGAGAUCAACCUGCGGGCGGGGAGACCCCCCAAGUGGACCCUGGAUGGAGAGGUCCUGAUGGAGGGGCCUAGAGUGAGCAUAGACCGGGAGGGGACCAUGCACACCCUCUGCUUCAACAGCACAGACAGCUCUAUGACCGGUACCGUGCAGUUCAACGCCGGGAAGAGCCGCUCCACCGCACAGCUCACUGUCAAGGGUAAGGUAGUACAUUGAUUAUCACUAAGUGAAAGUUGUAACGAAACCCUGCUUACUGUUGACAGUGGCCCUCCAGGCUCUGGGCUAGAACACUGUAUUGCUAGAGGUGUGUACAGUACAGUAUUAUAUCAUUAUCCAUCCCUGUACCUUUCCAGAGCGCCCUCUAAAGGUGGUCCAGCCCAUGCCAGACGUGGAGGCUAAAGAGAACAGCUCGGUCACACUGAGCUGUCAGUUCGCCCCCUCCCCCAGGGUGGUGCGCUGGUACAGAGGCCGCACCGCCCUGCAGACGUCCAGCAAGUACAGCAUGAGGACGGAGAAGAGCCAGGCAGAGCUGACCAUCCAGGGCCUCAAGGAGAGCGAUACUGGCCAGUACAGCUGCAUGGCUGGAGGGUCAAAGAGCACGGCCAAGGUCACUGUGGAGGGUGAGGAUGUAUAAAAGAGGAUUGUGUUUUUUGGAGACAAAGCUUCAAUGUUCAGAUGUUUAAUCAUGGAAAUGAAUUGCAGCUUCAUGCUUGAUUUUGUCUUUAUGUACCACCAAGUACUGUAUGGUGUGUUUAAUCUACACUGUGCUGAACAGUAGAUAUUACCACAAACAAACCCUGACACCAUGGAUAUGAGCUAUUUAUAUUUGUUUUCAGUGCGAAGGCUAAAGAUCAUAAGGCACCUGGAGCACGUGGAGGUGGAGGAGGAUAGCAACGCCACGUUCACCUGUGAGCUCAACUAUGUGGUCGCCAAUGUGCAGUGGCUCCUGAACGACAAACAUCUUAACGCCAACCCCGUCACCAGGAUCCAAAACAUGGGCACCAUCCACAGCCUCACCAUCAAAAAGCUCUGCCCCCAGGAGAGCAGAGUCACGUUCAAAGCCGGCCUGCUCACCGAGUCCACCUCCCUCAAGGUCAAAGGUGAGCCUUGUACAGUUGUCAAUUCUCACUUGUGAGCAGCCACUGCAAGAGAAAUUGAGAAACUAGUGUAAUGCUAGUGGUUGUAUGUGUCCAGUCAGUACUGGUUAAGUCUUAA